UGUUUUCUCACUGUUCCCCAUCCAAUCCAAAACCCGACAAAACUCUCCAGAGAUUCUCAUCCACCACUCCACAACACCCCACCCCACACUCACAUCCACACUCACACUCCAUUAUAAAACCACAAAGCUUACAACCUACUUUGAAUAACACCACCCUCCCAUGUGACUAGACUACACCCUCCUCCUAUUGCUAUAUAUACACCACCAUCACACUAGAAUAAGCUCAUCAAUACUAGCCAUGGACCAUAACAACAAACUCUUAUUACUCACUAUUCUUCUUCUGUUACUUUUCUCCAUCUCCUUCUCCUUCUCCUUCUCCUCACCAACAAAUAUGAUAAAGAAGACGUAUAUAAUUCACAUGGCUAAGUCUCAGAUGCCAAAUACUUUUGUAGAGCAUCAACACUGGUAUGAAGCUUCACUCACUUCCAUCUCUAGCUCUGCUGAGAUGCUUUACACUUAUGAUACUGUUAUCCAUGGUUUCUCCGCCCGGCUUUCUCCGGCUGAAGCUAAAGCUCUGGAAGAAACUCCUGGUGUUUUAGCUGUGUUACCUGAAACCCGCUACGAACUUCAUACUACUAGAACGCCGGAGUUUCUUGGGUUGGAUAAGACUGAAGGUUUGGUGCCGGCGUCUGGCACGGAGACUGACGUGGUGGUUGGUGUACUUGAUACUGGAGUUUGGCCGGAACGGUCGAGCUUUAACGAUGCUGGGUUUGGUCCGGUGCCGGCCGGAUGGAAGGGAGCUUGUGAGCAAGGUACGAACUUUAGCACGGCGGCGUGCAACCGGAAACUCAUCGGCGCACGGUUCUUCUGUAAAGGCUAUGAAGCGAGCAUGGGCCCUGUGGAUGAGACCAAAGAGUCACGUUCACCGAGAGACGAUGACGGCCAUGGAACUCAUACUUCGAGCACCGCCGCUGGUUCUGCCGUGCCAUCCGCUAGUCUUCUUGGUUACGCCGCCGGCAACGCUCGUGGCAUGGCCGUGCGCGCGCGCUUGGCUGUGUAUAAGGUUUGUUGGGGUGGUGGAUGUUUCAGCUCGGAUAUCCUUGCGGCCAUGGAACGCGCCGUCGAUGAUGGUUGUCAUGUGCUUUCGUUGUCUCUUGGCGGUGGGAUGUCGGACUAUUACCGGGACUCGGUGGCCAUCGGUGCGUUCACGGCCAUGGAGAAAGGGGUCCUCGUUUCUUGCUCGGCCGGCAACGCUGGUCCAAGCUCGAACACCCUCUCCAACGUCGCACCUUGGAUCACCACCGUCGGUGCCGGAACUCUCGACCGUGACUUCCCCGCUUACGUCUCUCUCGGCAACCGCAAGAACUACUCCGGUGUCUCACUCUACUCCGGCAAACCCUUACCGGACUCUCCUCUCCCUUUCGUUUACGCCGGCAACGUCUCAAACUCCACAAACGGAAACCUCUGCAUGCCCGGAACCCUAAUCCCAUCCCUCGUCGCCGGGAAACUCGUCCUCUGCGACCGUGGCAUCAACGCAAGGGUUCAAAAAGGGUACGUCGUCCGAGAAGCCGGCGGAGCCGGCAUGAUACUAGCUAACACCGCCGCCAACGGCGAAGAGCUCGUCGCCGACGCACACCUCCUUCCGGCCACCGGCGUCGGAGAAAAAGCCGCCAGCUCUAUCCGUUCCUACAUGCAAUCCGACCCAAAUCCAACGGCCACGAUCGUUUUCAGCGGAACCAAAGUGAACAUCCAACCGUCCCCAGUCGUUGCCGCUUUCUCAUCACGUGGGCCCAACUCCAUCACCCCUGAGAUCUUGAAACCUGACCUUAUUGCCCCUGGGGUCAAUAUCUUAGCCGGUUGGACCGGCGCGGUUGGACCGACCGGUUUAACAGUCGACCCACGUCGGGUCGAGUUCAACAUCAUUUCAGGUACAUCGAUGUCGUGUCCGCACGUGAGUGGGCUCGCCGCGUUAUUGAAAGGGGCCCACCCGGAUUGGUCACCGGCGGCGAUUAAAUCGGCGCUUAUGACCACCGCUUACGAUGUUUACUCCGGCGGUGACGGCAUCCUUGAUAUCGCCACGGGGAAGCCAGCAUCACCGUUCGAUUAUGGAGCCGGACACGUGGAUCCUCCCAGAGCGCUUGAUCCUGGGUUGGUGUAUGAUCUAACGGUUGAGGAUUACCUUGAUUUCCUCUGCGCGUUGAACUACACUGCGCUUCAGAUCGCCAGCUUGUCGAAGAGGAGUGACUUUAAGUGCAGCGGUGAGCGUACCUACGCGGUGUCGGGAUUCAACUACCCGUCGUUCUCGGUGGCGUUCACGACGGCGAGUGGGAGCUCGACGGCGACGACGACGGUGACUCACGUGAGGACGGUGACGAAUGUGGGGCCCGUGGGGACGUAUAAAGUGAGUGUGAUGACGUCAGAAGGGGAUGGUGGGGCCGUGAAGGUGGUGGUGGACCCCAGUGAGCUGGAUUUCAAAACGGUCGGGGAGAAACGGAGUUAUAAAGUGACGUUUACGGCCGGUUCGAUGCCGUCCGGUUCGGUUGGGUUCGGUCGGCUCGAGUGGACCGAUGGGAAACAUGUGGUAGCUAGCCCAAUGGCUUUCACAUGGACAUAAUUUAAAAAUAAAAAAUUAAAAAAAUUGUAAAAAAAAAGGGGGAGUUUUAAUUUUUAAUUAUUAGGUGGGUGAGUGUUUGUCAUUUGGAUUUGAGAUUUUUAAUUUAGGUUGGUGGAUGAUGGCAAGAAUUAAGAAGGAUGAGGAGGAGAAAGAAGCUUAAGAAGGGUUGUUUAAGGGUGUGAUAUUGAUGGAAUGGAUGGGUGGCAAAAUAAGUUGAUAUGUUCGGAAUUUUAUUUUUAUUUAGGUUUAUGUUUGUCAUAUAAUAUUGUUAUUUUCUGUUGAUUUUCUAUUUGCUAAUGGUAAAGCAUUUAUGUGUAAUUUAUGCAAAGACACAAGGUGUUAUUUGCAAAAUCCACAAAAUAUUAGAAAGAAGGAUUUUCUUAUUUGUUUAA